AUGGGUAACUCCCAGAGCAUCGCCGGUCACGGCUGUUUCCUUGCAGCUGUCGGCAAUGAUGCCCGCAGAGUCACCUUUCGAGGUUCACUUCCACUGCCCCCAGUCUAUAAUCUGGACAUCCCAGUAACUCCAGCUGCGAUUACAUAUCCGAAGAGCACCGAUGAAGUUGCGGACAUUGUACGAUGCGCCGUGCAGCACGACUACAAAGUCCAAGCUCGCAGUGGCGGCCACAGCUACGCUAACCAUGGGCUUGGUGGCGUAGAUGGUGCUAUCGUCGUUGAUAUGCAGCACUUUCAGCAUUUCUCGAUGCACCCGCAUACCCACAUCGCGACCAUUGGCACGGGGACUCUCCUUGGAGACUUGACAACCCGUCUGCAUGAUGCUGGUGGACGUGCUAUCGCCCAUGGCACUUGUCCGCAGGUUGGCACUGGCGGCCAUCUAACAAUUGGUGGUCUUGGUCCUAAGUCCCGAGAAUGGGGCAUGGCCAUGGAUCAUGUCGAAGAAGCAACCGUUGUAUUGGCCAACUCUUCCGUCGUCCAAACCUCCAAGGACGAGAACCAAGAUCUGUUCUUUGCUAUCAGGGGUGCUGCAGCGAGCUUUGGCAUCGUCACUGAAUUCAAACUUCACACUCAUCCCGCACCGACCGAGGCCUACCAAUAUUCGUUCACUUGGAGUAUAGGAGAUUCGCAGGCCAAGGCUGCGGUCUUCAAACAGUGGCAGAAACUUAUCUCGAGCGAAACUUUGACUCGGAAGUUUUCUUCGGAGCUCCUAAUCUCAGAAGCUGGGAUUAUUGUCUCUGGUACCUAUUUCGGAUCCCGAGAGGAAUUUGAGUUAUUCAAGUUUGAGAACCAUUUCCCGGGAAGUACUUCCGCUUUUGAAUUGACCUUGAGUAACUGGCUAGGCAUGGUUGGGAGUCAAGUUGAAGAACUCAUUGAGCGCGUGGUUGGUGGUAUUCCCGCUCACUUUUACUCCAAGUCUAUGCCUUUCACCAACGAGACAAUCAUUCCGGACCAUGGUGUCGAUGCUUUGUUCGAGUACAUUGACAAGACGAACAAGGGUACUCUUGCAUGGUUUGUUAUAUUUGAUCUGGAGGGUGGCGCGACCAACGAUAUUCCCACUGGUGCUACUGCGUAUGCUCACCGGGAUGCAUUCAUGUGGAUGCAAUCCUACGCGAUAAGCAUUAUUGGUCCAGUUUCACAAGAGACAAAGAACUUUCUUCAGGGUAUGAAUAAUGUUAUUCUUGUCUCAGAGGCUCCCACCGCACGCUUUGGGGCAUAUCCCGGCUACGUGGAUCCGUACAUGGAGAAUGCUCAGCUCGCUUACUGGGGAAGCAAUCUCCCUCGACUGGAGACUAUCAAGGCGGAAGUUGAUCCCAAUGAUGUUUUCCACAACCCACAAAGUGUUCGGGUCGGACCCAAGCACUGA